CGUGACGGCGGCGGCGGAAGCGGCGGUCACGUGGGCGGAAGCGGCGGUCACGUGGGCGGAAAUGCCGGAGCCGGUGCUGCGGGUGAACGCGGCCUUCGCCGAGCGCUACGGGCGGUACCGGCGGCGCGAGGAGCUGCAGCGGCUGCAGGACCGUUAUGGGGACACCGGCGGCGGCUCCGGCUCCAGCUCCGAGUCCGAGUCCAGCGGGGACGAGGUGGCCACCGACCCCCGCCUGGAGCGGGAGUUCUACCGUACCCUGGCGCUGCUGAAGACCCGGGACCCCCGGAUCUACCGGCAGGAGACCACCUUCUACAGCCAGCAAGACUCCUCGUCAGGGAGCGACGCGGAGGAGGAGGAGGAGGAUGAAGAGCGCCCGGCGAAGCCGAUGUACCUGAAGGAUUAUGAGAGGAAGGUGGUGCUGGAGAAGGAGGGCAAAUAUGUGGACGAGGAAGACGAGGAGGAUGAGGCAGCGGCGGCCGAAAGGAAGAAGAAAGCGGCCUCCAGGAGCUACGCGGAGGAGCAGCAGGAGCUGAAGGAGAGCUUCCGAGCCUUCGUGGCUGACAGCGAGGAGGAGGAGGAGGAGGAGGGCGAGGGCGGCUCUGGCCUGCUCCGGCCGCGCAGCCGGACGGCGGAGGAGAAGGAGCGGGAGGAAGAGGAGUACAUCCGCUGGCUGAAGGGGCAGGGCGGGCCCCCCCCGGAGCCGCUGCAGGACCUGGUGCCCCUCCAGCAGUUCUGGUCCGACCCGGCGCUGGACCCCGGCGAGCGCUUCCUGCGGGAUUACAUCCUGAACCAGGGCUACCGCGAGGAGGAGGAGGAGGAGGAGGGCGGCGAGGAGGCCGAAGGGUGAGCAGGGACCCUCCCCCAGCCCCCCAAAACCCACCGCCCCCCCUCACCCCCCCGCGUCCCCCUCCCCAGGGCGUCCCCGCUCCGGCUGGCCGAUUCCUCGGACGAGGGCGAGCUGUUCCUGGCCAAGCAGGAGGAUUUCGAACGCCGCUACAAUUUCCGCUUCGAGGAGCCGGACGCCGCCCAGGUGAAGACGUACCCCCGGAGCAUCCCCACCUCGGUGCGGCGCCGGGACGAGCGGCGGAAGGAGAAGCGGGAGCAGAUUCGGGAGAGGAAGAGGAAGGAGAAGGCGCGGAAGCAGGAGGAGCUGAAGCAGCUCAAGAACCUGAAGCGGGAGGAACUGGCCGCGCGCCUGGCCCGGCUGCGCCAGGCCACCGGCAACGCCGCCGUCGGCUUCACCGAGACCUUCCUCCAGGAGGACUUCGACCCGGCCCGGCACGACCGGCUGAUGGCGGAGUGUUUCGGCGACGAUUAUUACGGCCGGGAGGAAGAGGAGAAGCCGCAGUUUGAGGAGGAGGAAGGGCUGGAGGACGACUGGAACUGGGACACCUGGACGGGCCGGGGGGAGGAGGAGGAGGAGGGGGCCGAGCGCGAGCCCCACUGCGAGGACCCCGACUUCGUGAUGGACGCCGACUACGACCCGGCGCCCCCCCCCCAACCCCGGCGGCAGCCCCCGGCCCUGGGGAAGAAGCGACGCAAGACGCGGUUCAGGGAGGCGGUGGAGCGGGAAAAGCCGGCGUUCGACCCCGCCACCAGCACCUUCGAGCAGUACCUGGACGAGUUUUACCGCCUCGACUACGAGGACCUGGUGGGGGACCUGCCCUGUCGCUUCAAGUACCGCAACGUCCUCCCCUGCGACUUCGGCCUCACCACCGAUGAGAUCCUGGCAGCUGAUGACAAGGAGCUGAACCGCUGGUGCUCCCUGCGCAAGACCUGCAUGUACCGGUCGGAGCAGGAGGAGCGGCAGGAUCAGGCCAACUACAGCCGGCGGGCGCAGAACGUCUGGAAGAAGCAGCAGAUCUUCAGAUCCCUGAUGGCCGCGCCCGAGGAGCCCCAGCCGGCGCCGUCGGCCAAACCCAAAGUGGGGAAAAAACGCCGGGCCAAGCGGAGGCGGCCGGAGGAGGGGGAAGCCUCGGGGGGGCCCCAACCCGCAGCAGCGCCCCCCCACCCCGGGGGGUCCCGGCGCCGAGCGGGGGGCGCACCCCUGGGCCCGGCCGUGAGGUUGGGGGGCCGGGAUUUCAGCGGGAAGCGGCUGGAAGCCUUCGGCCUCAACCCCCGCCGGCUCCGCUACCGGCAGCUCCUCCGGCAGCAGCGCAAGAAGCAAAAAGGGGGGGGGUCGGCGGCAAAACCCACCCCCCGGGCCCGAUCCGGCGCUGGGGGGAGGGGGGCGACGCGGUGACGGCGCGACACCGUAACCGCCGCGCUCUGCUUGUCAGGGUCUCUUUAAUUUGGGGAGGGGGCAAACGGACACGGACAGACGGACGGGGGGGGGGUCCUGAGUGGA